AUGAAUUUCGAGCCGCUGGUCGCACUCGCACCACCAACAGAACAAAAGGAUACUGAACCAAAGGUUGUCACAGGAACUCCUGUAACAACUAAACCAUUGAAGGAGACUAAAGAUCAAGCCAUUCAAACUACGGCUCCCGCCAGUGAUCAAGAACUCAUCAAGUCAUCACCAUCUCCUUCAAUUACUGCUGAGACAAAGAUUCUUUCAAUGACUAAAGAGGCCAUUCAAGCUACUGCUCCCGCCAGUGAUAAAAAACUCAUCGAGUCAUCAUCACCGCCUCCUUCAAUUACUGCUGAGACAAAGACUCUUCCAAAGGCAGAACCUCCUCCUGAUGUGGUUGAGAAAAAGCUUCCUCCAGAAGAUCUUCCUUCUGAGACUAGAAAAUCUUCUCCAGAUGUGCAUACAAUAUCUUUGGGUCUCCUUACAGAACUUUCCAACAGGACUAGAACUCAGAGAUCUCCUUCGAGCAGUGAAAUCUCCAGGUCAAACCAAGCACCUAAUCCUGAAGUUUUGCAGAAACAAUUAGAAGGGUUCUUCAAUAUGCCUUUAGAGGCUAUACAGCAAGCUAAUGCCUAUGGCAGUAUUGAGGGAAUUAUCAGUUCGCUCAUUCAAGAUUGUAAUGAUUUGCGUGAGAAGACAAUUCUUGAAGAUCUUCUCUCUCGCUUGGCAGAAUUUAAAGAGAGUAUUCCUGUGGCUACAACCAUUACAGAAACUGCUCAAGCUCGCAGAACAUCUCUUUCAGGGAAAACCACUGAACUUGAUGCAAGAUUGGCACAAAGACAAAAGAAACUAAGUUUCUUGGAGAUUGAAUUCUCAAGACUUUCGAAAGAAGAAGAAAAACUAGAGGCUCAAAUUCAACUCCUAAUUAGCCAGAAGGAGAAAAUUCCUGCUAACAAGAAGCAUGUUUUAGCUGACUUAGAGAGAAACAAUGAAGACGCUGCAAAAGAUUUAGAAGAAUGGCGAAAUCUGGAAAGUGAAAUCAAGCAGGCGAAUGUCGAUUGGCUUGGAGCUAAAGAGAAACUAGCCUUAGCUAAUGUCCGUUGGAAACUCUUCAAGGAGGAUUUGGGUCUUGGAAAGCUUAACAUUUCGUAAUCGCUUUUAUGUUGUUAAUUCCUUGGAUUUCUCAUAUUAUAUUAAUGGUCUCAUAAUUCAUCGCAAUUUGGCCGUGUA